CGGAAAAACAAUUAUUGCAGGCUCUCAUGAAGGAAGCCGAAGAAAAAUAUCCAGUGGUGCCAAGACCACGAAGGACUGAAGAAGCUUCUAGUACUGAACGUCAGCACAUCCUAGUAGAUGAAGACGAGAAAGCAUUGAACAUGGAUAGGCAACGUCAGUCCGGUCUAAAUGAUGAUGAAGACGAAGAAGAUGGCGAUGAUGAUGAUGAUGAUGAUGGCGAUGAUGAAGUGGUGAACAAGCACAGCGACCACUCUGACAGCGACACAGACGAGCAGCCACGACCUGAGAACAGCAUGAAUACAGAGAAUCUAAAUAUAUCAACGGAUGAAGUACGACCAGAAGAUGACCAAGGGAACGGAAGCGACUUCAGCAUAGAAGAUGAGCCAGGCAACUUUGAAGGCGAGGAUGGUGACGAGGUUCAGGGUGAUUCUGGCAGUGAUGUGGCAGACGUCACACCACUCGCUGAAAAUACAGAGGAAGACUUUUCUCCGGACGACGCAAACUACAGUUCAGCGACUCCAGAUGAAGAAGAGGAGGAAAACGUCGACGACGAAAGCUAUAGUUCAGGAACUCCAGACGAGGAAGAGGAGGACAUUGGCGACGAAGGGUACUGUGGUCCAGCAACUCCUGAUCCGGAUCCUGAUGAGACUUAUGAUUAUGAACCAGCAAACCCAGACGGAGAAGCAGGUGACAUUGUUGACGGUACUGAUUUGGUCAAUGCCGCUCUAGAUGUUGCUUUUUUUGUGUACAUGGCGUCAAUAGCUGGAGGACCCGAACCGUCACCAACAGCUGUUCAACGACCGCAAGCGAUGCAAGAUGAUAAUCAGGAGACUACUUUGCUGACCGACAACACUGACACCGCGGACGCUCUUCAAACAAUAGGACAAAAGAGCGAACAAGUAGAAGACACUGCUCCCUCGUCUCCAAGAACAGAAGAGACAGACCUGGUAGUUGAUAAUGCGGUUCCUAGCUCUGGUGACCUCAAACUGGUGAGUGAAGAUGAGCCUGAGAAGGAAUCUCUUGCCCAUGAUCAAGCGCAAGUAUUUAGUAACUACAAUAAACAAAAACAUCAACAUGAGCAGCUAGAACUUGAGAUACUGCAGGCGGCUCCUAACGAUGGCGUGGGUGGUGGAGGAUCGGAAGUGAUAUUAGAGACAGACGAGUAUAUGUACAUCGCACUACCGCCAACAGAGUCAGAUACCGAUAUUGACGCAUCGACAACAAAUUUGAGAAGUGAAUUCGUGACAGUGGGAAAACCCGAAAUUAUUUUGAGCUCAAAGAAGGAAGGACAAGGAAUUUGGACUUCCACUCCCGCAGUCUCGGAGCCAGAUCUACGAGGCUUGGUCACCGAAGACGAAAAGGAAAUCGAUAGAAAUAUCCAGCAGGCUGAAGUACAAAAACAUGAGGAUAUAUAUUUGGAUAUUAUCGAAACGAUUCCAGAGAGAAGCACGUCCAAGAACAAUCUACAAGAAGGGAACAAGAAUACUCCAGAGCUGCAGCAGGAAAGAGAACAGAAGUCUGGGCAAAGUAUG